GCGACGUCACUCCGGUCCCGCCCCCAACGCAAACUCAGUUCUUCGCGUUCAUUUCAUUCUUGCCCUCAUUCCGCGCAUACUUCACAUCGUUGUUAGAUACGCCGAAUAGUCGCGCUCUUGCGCUCCGACAAGAAAAAAAGUGAUCAGCUGGAAAUAAAUCAGCGCGUGCGCUCAGUCCACAGCAUCAGACACAUUUAAAAGACUGAGGUCAGUGUGCCUAGAGUUCUCCAGGCUCGGGCUCCGAAAUCCCAGCUGUUGCCAUGGAUCCCAGCAGCUGGAGUGGCAGUGAAAGUGCCGGCGAGGAUAUCGAGAGGAUGAGCGACUCGGCUGAUAAGCCAAUGGACAACGAUGCAGAGAGCGUGUGGAGCCCUGACAUUGAGCAGAGCUUCCAGGAGGCCCUAGCCAUCUACCCACCCUGCGGACGACGGAAAAUCAUCCUGUCCGAUGAGGGGAAAAUGUAUGGUCGUAACGAAUUAAUCGCCAGAUACAUCAAACUCAGAACGGGAAAGACACGGACGAGAAAGCAGGUUUCCAGUCAUAUCCAGGUUCUUGCCCGGAGGAAAUCCAGAGAAUUUCACUCCAAGCUAAAGGACCAGACCGUGAAGAAUGAUGCGAUCAACAGGAUGGCGGCCAUGUCUUCAGCGCAGAUCGUCUCGGCCACGGCCAUCCACAGCCGGCUGGGGCUCGCGGGACUCCCUCGACCCACCUUGCCUGUGGCGACAGGGAUUUGGCAAGUGUCAACAGGGCAGCCUGGUUCCUCACAAGAUGUGAAGCCGUUCGCACAGCAGAAUUACCCUAUCCAGACGGCCACAGCCAUUGCAGCUUACGAAUCCUCCACACCCCUGGCAGCCGCAGGGCCGGCGUGGCACGGGCGCUCUAUCAGCACCUCUAAACUGCGGCUGGUGGAGUUCUCCUCCUUCCUGGAGCAUCAACGGGACCCAGAUUCAUACAACAAGCAUCUAUUUGUGCACAUCAGCCAGACGAAUCAUUCGUACAGAGAUGCGCUCCUGGAGACAGUGGACAUACGUCAAAUCUACGACAAAUUUCCUGAGAAGAAGGGUGGGCUGAAGGAGCUGUUUGGAAAAGGACCUCAGCAUGCCUUCUUCCUUGUCAAGUUCUGGGCCGACCUCAACUGUAACAUCCUGGAGGAUUCUGGAGCAUUCUACGGCGUGACCAGUCAGUACGAGAGCUCAGAGAACAUGACCAUUACCUGCUCGACAAAGGUCUGCUCCUUCGGGAAACAAGUGGUUGAAAAAGUUGAGACGGAGUAUGCGCGGUUUGAGAACGGCCGUUUUGUGUACAAGAUCAACCGGUCUCCCAUGUGUGAAUACAUGAUCAACUUUAUCCAUAAGCUCAAGCACCUGCCUGAGAAGUACAUGAUGAACAGCGUACUAGAAAACUUUACCAUCCUACUGCUGAAGUAG